UUCCUUCCACAUUAAUAUGAUGACAUUAGAAGGCACAGCUGAAGAUAAAUAAAACAGAGAAAGCCAAGCUUCCAAUCUUUUCUCUUCUUUUCUCUUCUCUUCUAAUGAACUUCAAACCAUUCCACUCCCUUUGAAUCCCAAAGCUGUUCCGCACAAUUAGGUAGCAAUUGAAGGGAAUUAUAUUAGCGAUUAAAUAAAACAAAAAUAUUAGUAAUAAUUAAUAAUAAUGUCUUGGUUGUUCAAGUCCAAUCCACCUGAUCCUGAAAUUCACAGUCACGGCGGAAGCGCCUCCGCCGUCAAGGACGAUAUCUCCCUUAUUUUUCGCGGCGUUGCUAACUUCCUUGCUCCACCGCCGUCUUCCUCUGCCUCCUCUUCCGCCGGUGAUUCCUCGUCUUCGCCACCGUCGCAGGCUCUCACCGGAAUCCGGAACGACCUGGAGGAGAUCAGCGGUAGCUUCAAGAACUCUCUAUCGCUUCUCUCGUCCAACAGAGCCGUCACGGGGAUCUCCAAACUCGCCUCUCAGCUGUUGCAGCUGGAGCCCGACCACAAACGGCAAGGUGACGAUGACGGCGACGGCGAUGCGGUGCCUGGUACGACGGAGGAGGUUGUUCGUUUCGUCAAGGAAAUUUCCACGCGACCUGAUUGUUGGACUGAAUUCCCCUUGCCAUUCCAUCACGCAGAUUUCAGCAUGUCCAAUUCUCAGAGAGAACAUGCUUUGGUUAUAGAACAGUUGGUGCCUGAAUUUGUUGCACUUAGAGUGAACCUCUGCAGUUACAUGAAUGUGGAAAAGUUUUGGAUGAUCUAUUUUUUGUUAAUACUUCCGAGAUUAAACCAGCAUGAUUUUGAGCUCCUAUCAACCCCCAAGAUUGUUGAAGCAAGAGAUGUCCUAUUGCUGAAACUUGAAGAGAAGAAAGAUUCGGAGGCUGGAGUGUGUGAAAAACAAAGGACUGCAUCAGAUACAAAUGAAGAUGGUAGGGAUGGCAUUCUAAGAGAGACUAUUUCAUCUGAGCCAAGUGAGAUAGUGACCGAGUUUACAAAUGCAGAAAAGGUUUUAGAAGUUGAUGAGAUCAGUAGUACUACUGAAAACUGGUUGGAAGACAAAGACAUCGAUGUUACUUCGUUGGCUUCUUCUCAUACAAAACUUCAUCAUGAAGAAGAUGUCUCGUUCAGUGACCUAGACGAUGAUAAAAGUUAUAGCUCUGAUAGAAUAUCAGGGCAUAGGGAGGCACAAGAUAGAAGGGGUUCAUCCCCUGAUGGUUCAAGUGACUGGGUUCAGCUGCAUGAAGGUUCUUCGAGAGGUGGUGGCUGGCACAAGGCCAUUCAUUCAAAAGGUAAGGAUUCGGAAGAUGAAUCAAACGAUUGGCUCACUGUUGAUGAGUUCAAUUAGAUAGCACUUUCUCUCGAUUCACCUUAUUGUAAAGGUUCUACAUUAUUUCGUUUCGACGGUUCUGUAUUUAGGGAUUACAAUAUACUAUCAUAUAAAUUAAAAUAAUUCUUUCCAUAAUCUCUGUGUACAUAUUCCUUGUUUGUCCAAGGUUGCUUUGGUCACUGGGUAGACAUCAUUCAUCGUGUUGAAAAGUGUACAAUUUAAACAAAAUCAAGGAUUUCUAUUAUUAUAAUAACAA